AUGCAGGCCAACUUCAUCCGCGGUGAUCUCCUUCUCAACAUGUCUCUCUUACAUGUUUGCUGCGAUCAGACUACUGUGUUCAAGUUUAUAGAGGUCCUUUCGGAAGAGCUUCGACGUGCUCAAGGGUUAGCAAUCACUGAUCCUGCUGAGGUUCAUUCGGAGGACCGUGAAAGGGUCAUCAAGGUGUCCGGAAGUACCAAGGAAAUGUGCUUAGAUCACCCUGAGUACACCAUACUCGAGUCAAGUCCUAGCGAAUUAACGCCCCUGAUGGCGAAAGAUAUUCACCACGGCCACGUAUGGUAUCUGUCACCCGAGAGCCUCAUAGCCCUCAAGGCGGAAGCUUCACCCAAGAACGCAAAGAUAUUGAAGACAUCUACCACUGAUGCUUUGACGGCGUUAAUAUGGAGAUCUACCAUGGCCGCUCAGCACUCAGAAAGGCUGAAACCUUGUAAAGGGUCUCUUGGUUCAGAAGCUCCUGGUUCUGGGGGCCCAUCGCAAGUCGCAAUUGCUCUUGACCUACGCCGACGAUCUGGAUGUGCCAUACAGAAACACACCCUUGGUAAUAUCUUUGGAUUUGCUCCGGCCGUUCUAGAUCUCAACCAGGUUAUCCACGAGGCUUCACUGGCCGAUUUAGCUAUCCUCGUGAGACGUGCUAUUGAAACCCGUUAUAUACCUCUUGGUCUCUUCCCUUUGCAAUACCCCAGGGUUUAUAAUAAGAUUUAUUAG